CCCUGCUUAGGGGCCUACUUAUACUUAUAUAGGGGGCGUGUUGAGCAGUGUUGAGCAAAUCAUUUUAUUCACCGGCUUCCUUGCCAAACGCUAUAGCUGGGAGGGGAACGGAAGAUCAGAGAAAGAAAAUGUCGUCGCCGCCGUCCUCGCCGACUCCACUGGUGGUGAGCAGCCCGAGGAAGACGCUGAGCUUGCUGAGAGAGAGGCGAUCCUCUACGUUCUCAUUUGAUCCGGAGGAGAAGAAGUCGCCGGCUGCGGUGGCAGGAUUUGCGGCCGAGCACGGCCCUAAACCCUCUGAAGUUUACGGUUUCGUCGGCUCCAUCACCACCGUCAUAGCCACCGUGAUUUAUUUGGUGUGGGCGUACACUCCUGAACCGUGGUUGCAUUCUCUGGGAAUCACAUAUUAUCCGAGCAAGAUUUGGGCAUUGGCAGUUCCAACUUUUGUUAUGGUGACUGUAGCUUUGGUGAUUGCAGUCUACAUUGGACUGAACUUCAUGGUGACUCCUCCUCCAACUUCUUUUAGCACAAUAUUUGAUGAAUAUAGCAGGGAACCUUCACCUUUUGUUCCUAUAGAAGGGGAAGAACAACCAAUAGAACCAAUUUCUGAUCUAGAUAUUAGCUACGUAAAUGAUCUCAUGUUUGGCGAAGCCUCGAAGCUAUGAAUUUCUCUCCUUCUAUUAUAAUCAGAAAGUAUAUUUGAAUCUA